AGGUAAGAUAUUACAAUAAUAUAAAAGUGUAAUCUAAAGCUUUGCUGGUAGUGGGUGUUGGCCUCCUUUACACCUUUGCUGGUUCCUAAUGCACAUGUACAUUACAGCUCCUAAUGCACAUGUACAGCUAUGAAAGUAUAAGGUAUAUUAUAUGUUAACAUCUACUAUCUCACACUCUCUCUCUCUCUCUCUCUCUCCAACAAAACCAAAACCCAUAUCUACAAACCCAAAACCACACUGACAUGUACAGUCACGACUGUGCGCCGGCGAGUUUUCAGGCGACCCAUUCCGGUGAUCUACCUUUGUAUCGCCGGAGCUCAAGCUUCAGUAGUCUUAUUCCAUGCUUGACUGAAACAUGGGGUGACUUGCCGUUAAAAGUUGACGAUUCCGAAGAUAUGGUAAUUUAUGGGUUCCUACGUGACGCCGUUAAUGUGGGCUGGACCCCGUUUAAUUUAACGGUGACGGACGUUAAGUCCGAGUUUGAGCCGAGAGAUGAACCGGAGCCAGCUACGACUACUACGUCAUUGGCGGCGGCUCAAUUGGUGGCGCCACCUCUGGAGGCUGCGGUGGUGCCGCGGAAGGGGAAGCAUUAUAGGGGAGUGAGGCAGCGGCCGUGGGGGAAGUUUGCGGCGGAGAUAAGGGACCCGGCGAAGAAUGGCGCCAGGGUUUGGCUUGGGACGUAUGAGACGGCUGAGGAAGCCGCGCUGGCUUACGACAGAGCGGCUUAUAGGAUGCGUGGCUCGCGGGCUUUGUUGAAUUUUCCUCACCGAAUUGGCUCUGAUGAGCCUGAGCCGGUUAGGAUAACGGCUAAGAGGAGGUCGGCUGAGCCAUCUGCGUCAGGUUCGUCGGAGAGUGGCUCGCCCAAGAGGAGGAAGAAAGGGUUGACGGCGCCUGAACAAGCUGAGUUGGAAAUGGAGAGCCAAUCAAAUGUGUUUGAAGUUAGGAAUAAGAUGAGACCAUUGCCAGUUGGCGAACAACUAUUGGUUAGCUAGUUUUUCUCGUGGUGCACUGUGUCGUAGGGUAGGGUUUUAGAGGAAGAUAGGUGCCUGUUUGGCUGUAUGCAAUAUCAUUAACAUGUAAAGCACCAUUUUGUUUAGAGGGAAAAAAUUCCCAUGCUUUGAAACCAUUCCAAUUUUGUGAGGUUUACGCAAAGUUAGAAGCCAAGCUUGAAUGGGGAAGAUUAAUUCAUUAACAUUAUCAAGAAUCAUCUAUUUUGAAAUUAGAGAUUAAGGCCAUAUUUUGAAA